CACAAAGGGUGGAUGAGCCAGGUGGUGUACUAUAUAUAUAUAUAUAUGGAUAAGCCAGCCGCAUUGUGGCCCAUGAGAUGUGUGUACUGUGUGAAUUGAAGGAUCUGGUUUGUUAAGAAUUGGAGAGGGGAUAGAAAGAAAAUUUUGAAAAAUCCAGUCGCAGAGAAAUCAGGGGUUUGUUAAGAAUUGGGGUCGCCACUCUACCCACUCUUCCCACGUGUUCUGAUUCGCGAACCCUGGUAUAUUAACUAACUGCGCCUCGACGAAUCCAUCUUCGAUCCAUCUUUCAUUCUUUUGGGGCUCAUGGGUUUCCAGGGAGAUGAAGAAUCCGCACCCCAAAUUCCAAGAAAAACCCUAUUCAGAUAUAACUCGCCGCUGGUUCAGGUUUCGUUAAUUGGGUUGGUUUGUUUUUGCUGUCCGGGUAUGUUCAAUGCGCUGAGUGGCAUGGGGGGUGGGGGCCAGGUGGAUACGACGGUAGCCGAUAAUGCUUCCACCGCCCUGUACACCACUUUUGCGAUAUUCGGCAUCAUCGGUGGUGGCGUGUACAACAUCCUUGGCCCCCGUCUCACCCUUUUUGCCGGUUGCUCUACUUAUGUCCUCUACGCUGGAUCCUUCCUCUACUACAACCACUACAAGGAGCAGACCUUCGCAAUCAUUGCUGGGGCAAUCCUGGGUGUAGGUGCGGGUUUCCUUUGGGCGGGCGAGGGCGCCAUCAUGACCUCGUAUCCGCCGCCCGACCGCAAGGGCACUUAUAUUUCCAUCUUCUGGAGUAUAUUCAACAUGGGGGGCGUUAUCGGGGGUCUAAUUCCCUUUGUCCUAAACUAUCACCGCACCAGUGCUUCUUCCGUCAACGAUGGUACCUACAUCGGCUUCAUGUGCUUCAUGUCCAUUGGCGCUCUCAUUUCUCUGGCGAUUUUGCCGCCGAGCCGCGUGGUUCGUGAUGAUGGUUCACGAUGCACCAACAUCAAGUACUCCAGCGUUUCAACCGAGGUUGUUGCGAUUCUCAAGUUGUUCCUAAAUUGGAAGAUGCUGUUGAUUGUCCCUGCUGCUUGGUCUAGUAACUUUUUCUACACCUACCAGUUCAAUAACGUUAAUGGGGUGUUAUUUAACUUGAGGACAAGAGGGUUCAACAACGUGUUCUACUGGGGAGCACAGAUGGUGGGCUCGGUUGGGAUAGGAUACAUAUUGGAUUUCAGUUUUAAGAGUAGGAGGGCCAGGGGUUUGUUUGGAAUUGGCGUGGUUGCGCUCUUGGGUACUGGAAUAUGGGCAGGUGGCCUGGCCAACCAGCUCAGAUACUCCCGCCAAAACUUGCUAGACAAGUUGGAUUUCAAGGAUUCAGGUUCUGAUUUUGUUGGCCCUUUCUUCUUAUACUUCUGUUUCGGGUUGUUGGAUGCCAUGUUCCAGAGCAUGGUGUACUGGGUGAUUGGGGCCUUGGCUGAUGAUUCAGAGACCUUGAGCAGGUAUAGUGGAUUUUAUAAAGGGGUGCAGAGUGCAGGUGCUGCAGUUGCGUGGCAAGUUGACACCCACCACGUCUCCUUCAUGUCCCAGUUGGUCGUGAAUUGGUCGCUCACAACACUGAGUUAUCCUCUGCUGGCAAUUCUGGUCUUCUUGGCCGUGAAGGAUGACACGAAGCCUGCUGACGAAACACCUAAGGAGGCUACUCCUCCAUCAACCUUGACACAGCUUUAGGUUUCCAUAGUUGUGUAAGUUAGAUUUUGUCCACAUCUUGGUGUAAUGUUAAGCACAUGUUGCUGAAAAAUGCAAUGUCGCACAGCUCAGACGCUUCUAUUAUUAGCCUUUCCUGAAAAAUGCAAUACUCCUUGCUGUCCUCCAAGUUGAUGUUGUAUAUGAGUCAGCUCAAUAAUGUUCGCAAGCGUUGUUCCAAAGUCACGAAAGUGGAUUCUACUAAUUUAAGA